AUGCUCAUCCGCGUCGCGAAAAGUUGGAAACGCAAUUCGCUCGGAGAAAAGCCGUUAACGAUCGGCUUAGCCUCGGAGCAGAUCCGCUUCGGGACUUCAAUUUUCGAGAAAUCCAUACGAGCUGCCGUCGUGGCGGCGGAGAUCGAGGAUCCGCCAAGGAACGCGGUCGUUUCGGAAUUGGAGUCCCUGAGAUGGGGGUGCGGGGCGGUAGGGAGGCCCCGAAACAUCACUUGGACCUGGUACAAGGACGGAGCGAACCUUCGAACCCUGGAGGGGAUGAUCGGGGGAAGGUUCCGCGUGGAUCCCCAAGGGAGUCUCCUCGUGGAUCCCGUCUACGCCAAGGACUCCGGCAACUACACCUGCCGAGUCUUCAACGGGAUCGGAGCUCCGCACCAGGCUUCCGCCACUCUCACCGUAGAAUGUAAGGCUUCUGCCCCUCCGAUGCGUGCCGACGACGACGUCACACCCGUGAUCGAACCCCCGCGUUGCAGUCCCGGCCAGGGUGAAGGAGAUGCCGACUCGGCAGUAUCUCGGUCGAGAGAUGCGCGGAAUCCUGGAAUGCCCCGUCGAAGGGAAUCCUCCUCCUCAUCGGAUCAGGUGGACGAAAAACGGACAUCGCUUCGACCCCAAUCUCUUCCACUCCAAAUACUCGCAACUCCAAAACGGCUCCCUCCUCAUCCUUCAGGUCCUGGUUCGCCUCUCGAUCUCUUUCCGUCGAGCAUUUCUAGGCUCUACGAUGGAUCGUGCGAACAGGUAUCGGAGGAAGACGCAGGAUUCUACACGUGCGAGGGAGAGAACGCCUUGGGGUCCGCCGGGGUGUCCAGGCUCAUCGAGGUCGAGGUGGAAGAGACCCAGGACUUCCUCACUUCCCCCAGUAAGGUGUAUCGGGUGAUGGAAGGAGAUUCUUUCCUCGUCCCCUGCUCCCCACCGCGGGGGUCGGGGACGUCGGUGCAGUGGAACAAGGUGGGUCGAGGAGCGGGGGACGUGGAGCUGAAGGACCGAGUCACCGACUUGGGUCUUCGAUUCGAAGACGUCCGGAGUAGCGAUGCGGGGGAAUACGAAUGCAUCCUGCUGAGCCAUUUCCAACCCAAGGUGGCCCGGACGCUGGUCCUGGUCGUCUCGUCCUCCGACGCCUCCCCCUUCCUCACACUCUCGCACAUCCAUACCUUUUCUCACCACGCCAUCCUCGUCUUCUGUUCUACUUUGCGAGAGGACCACCAAUACAUCACGUGGUACAAGGAGGAGAAGGAAGAAGAGUGGUACCCGGGGCCGGGGCUGCGUCCGGGGAUCAAGGAGUCCAACGUCACCCUAACGGAUCUGUCGCCGGGGACGACUUAUCAAGUGCUCAUCGAUGCCCUGAGACCGGAAUCCACCCACGUCUCCUCUCGACUCUACAAUUUCACGACCUCUGCAUCCAGUACAGGUGAGUUGGAAGCAGGAGCCCUCGUUAAAGACCAGGAGGUCCUCAAACUCCAGGAGCAGAACCUCACAGAAACAACACUCAGAGGUGAGAAAGAAUACUCCUACUUCAGAGUCCUAAACGAUGAGAUGGUCUACUUCUCUGUCUGGCCUGCAGGUAUCCUCAGGAGAAUGGAAGACAUCAUAGAAGACCUGCAAGAGAUUUUGUCCCUACCUCAGGUCGCCUGA